AAAUUUCGUAUUUGGUCAAAAGCAACCACAAGUGUGCAACCAUCACGUGACAUGAAUAAGUAACGUGACUGUUUGUCAUAUGAUCCAUGUCACAUGAUCCACACAGGAAAGAUGGGGUUCUGUAUUUGGUUUGGUGGUGCGGUGCUAAUAUUAUCUGUUUAUGGAUGCCAUUCUCACGGUGAUGGGUCCAAUUUCCCCAAAUAUGCAGCAUCGAGCCAGGGCGCGCCCUGGCCCGCCCCACAGCGGAUGAGUCAAAUGUCUCAGUUGGUAAAUAUCGACGCCGGGAACUUUCAGUUUCAUGCGGUUCAGGAGAGCUGUGACAUCCUGGAUGCAGCUUUUGUCCGGUAUCGGGAUUUGACGUUCAAUUCUCGACCAGGAAGCGGGAAGCUUUAUUUCAAGCCCAGAUCUGACCCACGGGCCUCCGACGAACCACUGAGUGUCCUGGGCGUAACGGUCGCCUCUCCGUGUCAGAAUAGGGUGUUCCCGUCGCUUACCUCGGACGAAUCGUAUGUCUUGGAUAUUUCGCCUACCAAGGCUGAGCUGGUUGCCAAGGAGGUAUGGGGAGCCCUGCGAGGACUGGAGACGUUUAGCCAGUUGGUUGUCCAGCAAAACACAGGCAAGUUUGUUGUGAACAUCACACAUAUAGAUGACUACCCAAGAUUCGCUCACAGAGGUCUUCUGCUCGACACGUCUCGACAUUAUGUGGCGCUUCCCAUUCUUCUCGAUAAUCUCGAAGCAAUGGCACAGAACAAAUACAAUGUUUUUCAUUGGCACAUUGUAGAUGAUCAGAGCUUUCCGUUUCAAAGUCAGUCUUUUCCAGCGUUAAGUGAUGCGGGUGCGUACGAUCCUGUCACCCAUGUUUACACUCCAUCAGAUGUGCAGAAAGUCAUUGAGUUUGCUCGUCUCCGUGGAAUUCGAGUCAUUCCAGAAUUCGAUUCACCAGGUCACGCUCAGUCAUGGGGUCAUGGACAGCCGGGACUGCUGACUGCGUGUUACAAGCAGGGUAAACCGGACGGCUCAUACGGUCCCAUCAAUCCGGUCCCCGCGACCACAAACACAUUCCUCAGCCAGCUGUUCUCGGAGGUUGCCUCAGUCUUUACAGAUCAUUACGUCCAUCUCGGGGGGGACGAAGUCUCUUUCAACUGCUGGAUGAGCAACCCACAGAUCACGGCCUUCAUGGCAAGCAAAAACUGGACCGACUAUGGCAAGCUAGAGCAAUAUUACAUGCAGAAUGUUCUUGACAUCGUUAAUAAAUUGAAGAAAGGCUACAUUAUAUGGCAAGAAGUCAUUGACAAUGGUGCCACGGUUCGACAAGACACUGUUGUGGAGGUAUGGAAAGGUGGUUGGCAAAACGAGAUGGGGAAAGUCACGAAACUCGGAUACAAAACCCUCCUGGCUUCGUGCUGGUAUCUCACCUACAUAUCGUAUGGCUCUGAUUGGUCCAAGUAUUACACCUGUGACCCACAAAACUUCACAGGUACCCCAGAACAGAAGCAGCAAGUGAUUGGCGGAGAAACGUCAAUGUGGGGGGAGUUUGUUGACGGCACUAACCUCCUAUCUCUUGUCUGGCCGCAUGCAGCAGCUGUAGGGGAGCGAUUGUGGAGCGCCCAAUCAGUGAAUAAUGUAAAAGCUGCCACCCCAAGAUUAGCACAACACCGGUGCAGAAUGGUCAGACGAGGAUUCCCAGCUGAACCAAUCAACGGACCCGGAUACUGCCCGAAGGAGUUCCGCGGCUAGCAACAGUCAGGAACAAACAGCUCACAUCAUUCAUGAUAUCAUCAUGGCAUCAUUUAUACAUUCCUUCAUCAGUGGGAUUCUUCUAAUUUCUAGGAUACAAACAAACUUUGAUUAACACAUCUCAGCUGUCCAAUUAAUUUAAUUUUAAGCAUAUAUGUACAUUUUUAUGUACGGUAUCUUUCUUAUUAUUUUGAAUUCCAGAAUACUACCCAAAACAUGUUUAUUAUUGUUAAAAUAAAAACCUCAAAUUAA